CCUGAAAAAUCUUCCAUGUUUCCCGGUAUUGUGAAGAUGCACAGAGAAGCAAACACAUCGGAAAAUGACGACCUUUUUAUUAAAAACAAAUUCAAUCGGUCGGAUGUCACCAAUAUGACAUCUGACAUCGACUUGGACUUGUUAUAUGCUGAUUCAUCAGUUCUUAACAAGAGCAACGGCGUGGUAACAAAAGGUGAAGUCCAUUUAAAUGAACAACUAAAUUUCGGAGGGCCAGUUCAGUUUAAGAAAGGAUUCACAGCCGACAUGAUGAAAGUUUCUUUCACGAGUAAGGUUACUCUUCUUGAUGAUGAGAAGUACCGGAAAAGCUAUCUUGAAGACGAGGAACUAGCAGAUGUUAAUGUUCGUGAUUUCGUCAAACUCGUUGCACCAAAAUCUGACCAAAAUUUCAGGGUGAAAACCUCUGAGAGAGAGGCUCUGAAUGAGCCUUCGGUUGAUUCAAAGGAAAUGAACAGCACGUCCGCUGACGAUGAGCGAGAGACAAACUUGACAACAGCAGCGCACGACUCAAGACACCAGCGAAGUCGCAGACAAAACUUUGUUCAAAAAUUCCUUAAUGCUCCUCGAAAGAUUUCGUUCACACUCUUUAAGAAAAAAAUUAUAGGCAUAGAUAUGAAAGUGGAGACCACUGUUCGAAUUGAAUCAAUUAAAAAGCUAGUCAACCUUAAGCUUGACAAGACCGAGUUGUAUUUAACUCUGCAUUUGGGAGCCAGUGUAACAGCGCCACUUCUCCGAGAAUCCAUUGACACCACUAAGAAAGAAACAAAGAAGAUAAAUGGACUAAACGUCGAAGUUAGCCACAGUAUUCCGAUAUUUUGGGUCGUCAGUCUUGAUGUGGAUUUUAUUCUUAAGCCAUCUUUUAGCAUCUCAGUGGACCCAGGCUCACUCUCACCAUCCCAGUUGAACGUAAUGGUAACGCCCUAUGCAUCAGUAACAGCCACUUUGCAAGGAUCUGUAUCCGUAUGGCUUAUAAGGGCUGGGGUAUACGGCGACGGACACUUGAUAAGCGGAAGUCUUCCAAUCAGCGUGUCGUAUGAUGAAAAUCGCCCUUCCUACAGGGAUAUCUGCGUAGAUGUUUCAGCUGACUUACGGAUCCUUGAACUGGAAGCCGGUGUCUUCUACCAAUGGAAGUCAUGUUGGUGGGACUGGUGGAGGCUUAGAUGCAAGUGGGGUACUCGACGCACCUUGCACAGUUUUGGCCGAUGGUCUGCCUUCAGUUUGAGGCAAAAUAUGAUUAAUGAAUGUUUCUGAUAACACUUUCCGAGGCGGUCCGAGUGUUGUGAACUGUUUAGUUUUUAAAGAACUUUUUAAUUGAGUGUCGAAAAUAAUCCGAGAAUGCAUUAGUUUUGCCUUACUUUGCUCUAUGAAUGGUCUAAAAAACUCCGCCACUCCUUCACUGGCGAUCUGAUGCAUAACUUACAUCUAUCACGACUCGCGGUCACCCACGUUUUCCCGCGCUUUUAGGUGGGCUGCUUGUUUUUACUUUGAGUUUUGUUAGCUCUUCAGGGUGUUUUUAUUUGUUCUGAUUGGCUUGUGUAAUUAUUGAGUUGUUUUGGCUUUACGACACUUAAUCUAAAAGUGCUUUAAAUAAGAUUUAGUAUUUUCCAGUGUGUUUUUAGAGGUUUGGUUUUUUUCGGAUUUGAUUAAUCUUAAAGUCGAAGUACCUUAGAUUAGAGAGAGCAUGCGUGGAUUCUAUUUAUGGUUUCCAGUCCAAUAUUGUGGUCGUAUGAUCAUUAUUUCCUAGAUCAUUUCUACGCGAGAUCGAAGCGAUUUUUUUUCACCCAUUCUGCAUUAACAGUGUCAGCGAUCGGCAAAUCCAAACAUAUCAGCAAUUAAGGUAUCUAGGUCGUCAAUGAUUGUACAAAGCUCUGGUACCAUUCUGUUUUUAAAGGGCAGGAACGGAGAAGAUGAAGCUUAUGACGUCACAAGUCACUUGCAUCAACAAAUGCUUGUCGACCGGUGAUUGAUGGCUCUUCAUCAGAUUAGUUGGAUUAACCCUUUACACCCUAACAUCAGUAUGCAUAUUCUCCAUACUGUUCUCUAUAGAUUCACUAAGGUGCUGACAAGGAGAAUAUUUUUUUACAUUUAAGAGAUUCUUUAGUUGGUGAUCAUUUCCUUUAUCCUUUUGACCUUAAUGAGUGAUCCAGGAGUGAUGUUGAAAGAAGAAACUAGCCGCUGGUCACUCUUAGACUUUAAGGAGUUAAAGAAGAUCCCAUGUAGUUUCGUAACUAUUCGUCUCAGCAUUGAGAUGAUUUAUGUACUCAGUGCUUCUCCAAAUUGAUUAAAAAGCUAAG